AUGGCUACAUCAACGGGCUUCCCACGCAUGUCCUUCGGGGCCAACAACAACCUCGACUUGAGCUUGGACCUGCCAAUCGUUCUCUUCCCCCCGUCAGACGACCUGCCUUCUCCCAUUUAUGAGAGUGACGAUGAGGAUGCUCAGCGAACACCGACCACGGCUACCGUGCCCCAGAUCCCAGACCGCAGCACACGCCGAACAAAUAACGAGUCACCGACACUGGGUAGCCCCAAGGUCCCUCGCCAUCCCAUCCCCUCAAUGCAGGCCGCUUUCGCCGAGUCAUUUCUCGAAGUCGCCGAUGGCAAUCCUACUCAGAAACCGAAACUCAAAACUGCUGAUGCAAAGAUUCGUCGCGAGGAGCUCAUUAGCCAGGAACGCGAAGAUGAUCUACCCGAUAUGCUCUGGCGAUUUCGCCCCGGCCAGCAGCAGCACGAGCUCCAGAAGCUCAUGGCGCAGAUAUCAUUUGGCGUUUACUUGCUACUUCACGGCAUGGCCAACAGCGCCGCCCAGGUCGUCAGUAUCCUGCAGGGUCACAUCGACGAGGUGGACGAGUUUCUCGAGGUGGUCAUGGAGGACUUUGAGCAGGCGACCAACGAUUUGAAGGAGAGGAUCGACUACCUUCGCUUGCCCAUGGAGAACCUCGAAGUCUUUGAGAAACUGCUAGAGGACCGCAAUUUCCGCCUCGAGAUCGUUCAGGGCAACGAAAAGAUUGAGCAUAUCGUAGCUCGCACCAACAUCCAGCUUGAACAGUACGACAAAGAUGUGCAGCAUGGCCUCGCCGCAACAAAGGAGUUUGCUGUUUAUCUGGCUCACCAGAAUGCAGGCAGUUGGCGUCAAGAUCGUCCAGACGUGGUUGACAUCUAUGCCGCAAUGAAGGGCAAUACUGAGGGGUGGUAUAACGCAUUUGUAGAGUUGCAAGCUCAAGGCAAGGAGUUGAAUACCUUGGUCGUUAAGCUGGGGAAGAUGGUGGCUGAAAUGAGCAAGAAGGCCGGCGAAGCCAGCAUUCCGCCGUUCAGCUUACCGCUACAAGGCGCCCGAGUCGACGACGCACCGUCAAAUUCACCACCAGUUUCACCUCCCAGAGACCCGAGGCGCUCUACGCUGCGCGCGAAUAGUAGCUCGCAGCCUAUCGCGCCCAAGCUCACUCUGGAGACUCCCGACGGCCCAAUAACUGAGCCAGUCAGCGCUGAGGAGGAGGUGGAGGUGACACUGGACGACGGACCGCUAUACAUACUCCAACCAAGGACCUACACCCCACAGCCACCAGAGGAACGCAUGCCUUCACCCGCCCCGACCGAAUCAUCAAGCAAAUACCAGCCCCAGCGCGAGGCGCCUCUCCCAACGAAGAAGACAUCGCUUCGCCAGAGAGUUUCUUUGAAGACGACCCCUCCAGAGUCAAUCCAAAUUCCACCCCCGUCAUCAGACCUUCAUCACACUGCGCGAGAGUCUCCUCGGGAGCGUCAGGCUCCAGAUUCCGCCUACGGUUCUGACUAUGACCAGCGGCAGCGAUAUCAUGCAGCGAACGAGCUCUCUCCACCUGUACAGCAGCCGCCGGUGCUACCGUCUCCGAGGUCGGAACACCAAUAUUACCGCCCGGUGCAAGCGAGUCCACACUCUCCACUACAGCAAAGGCCGCUCACUGCUGGUGCGCAGCCCAGAUCUCCUUAUGGUCACCAGUCUGGGUACUAUCCCACUCAUCAGAGGAACGCACCAUCCCGUCUAGGAGGCGCAAGCAUGUUGAGCAACGUCACGACCAUGACAUACGACUCGCAGAUGACAGCGAGCGGAGAAAAGCGACUGAAGAAGAAACGCAGCGCUUUUGGCUGGCUGAAGAAGGCAUUCUCGCUUGACGAAGAGGAACAACGAGCAUACGAAGCACGAAGGCAGCAGCAAACGCCCAAUAUGUAUUACGACGGCAGAAGCCCCAAGUUCUUAGACGGCAAAAGGGUGGCGCCGCCACGGACGGCAGACAGCGUCUAUCGCCAAGGAGGCAGCGUCUAUCGACAACAAUAA